AUGGACCUGUCGUCAGUGAACUACGAGCACCAGUUCAACAGGACAUACGAUGCGAGGCUCAUGGAGCUGAGGCCGUACAUUAUAAGGUCUGCAAAGGCCUCGGGCACCACGCCGGUGCUGGAUGCCAUCCUCGACAUUGAGAUGGGGCGUGGCGGAGAAAGAUGUGUGAUUGUCGGGACUCUCUUCAUAGCCAGCGACUUGAAGCCCACGAUAUUCGACAGGAUCGACAGGAAGUCCAAGAAGAUCAAGGAGAUUGAGGCAAAGACAUACCACUCCCAGGAAGUAAAGUACUUCUUGGAAGACGGGAGCGGAAAGAUAGAGCUUGAGUUUCUGGACAUGAAGGCAGUGUAUCGAAAGCACUUUGUGAUAAGCACCGGGAUGUGCAUCGGGGUGACCGGAAGAAUGGCGGAAAAGGGACGAUUCCUUGCAGAGGAUGUUCUGUUUCCGUUCUCAAGCCCCAGGGGUCUCCCAUGCACUCCUAGGAGCCAAGGGCCUAGCCAAAAGCUUUGCUUUGUGAGCGGGCUCUCUAUAGGCGGUGGGAACAAAAACAGAGAGAGAAUGAUGGUUAUAGCCGAUUACCUUCGGAUGGUUGGCGUACAUGAGUAUGUUAUUAUUGGGUGCCUGUUUGGAGGACCCAGAGAGGUUGACAGGCAGAUACUCUCCGAGUUGGAUGGCAUCUUAGGAUAUCUUGGGACAUCAAUUAGCCUUGUUCCAAACAUAGGAGACUUUGGAUCUAGGAUUCUGCCACUAGAGCCUAUCCACCCAAAGCUGUUUGCAUCUCCCGUGACCUCACAUCCAAAUCCCUCCAGUCUGGUUGUGGAUGGAAGAAGAAUACUGGUUACAACAAGAUUUGUAGUUGAGGACCUCCUUAAAUACCUUCCGCAAGAUUUGAGAGAUGUGCAGGGAGAGGCCUUUGAGUACAAGAUGCACCUGGAUAUGGCAGAGAUAGGGAACCUCGUCCCGAGAAACAUGGCCGAUGAAAAGAACAUUAUAAAUGCACUAAGUACGCUGGUGAAGGUAGGCCAUGUCUGUCCAACGGCCCCAGACACCCUCCAGUCUGUGCCGUUUUCGGAGAAAGAUCCGUUUGUAGUGACAGACCAGACAGACUAUUUCUGUGUGGGCGAUACGGACAGGUUCCUUGAUGGACAGUCGGAGGAUGGCGCGACGCUCCUCUUCACGGUCCCGAGAUUCUCCCGGAAGCACGAGGUAGUUAUUCUUGACAUGGAAGCCAGAGCACUAGACGUUGUGAGGUUCGACAUGGAGGAUUUUGAUUAA